UUUCACUUCACCCGCCGGGAGUAGAGGACGGUCUGUCGAGUGCUGUGCUUGUCUUACUGAAUGACAUAAACGUUUGUGGAUAAAGUGUAACACUGAAGCAUCAUUGUUGACCUCGACGUACACCGAGACUCCCCUGGGAACCACCACACCAAGGACGACUGUGUCUCCUCCUCAGCCUCCUCACCAGAAGCUGUCAACCGCGUCUUCAGAGACCCGAAACCCGACGCCGUGAUUGGUCCUUUCUUCUGACGUCAUCCUUUCCUCUGCUCUCAUUGGCUCAAUGAACCUGACGUCACUAACGGAGGCUACGUGAAUGGUGCUUUUGAUUUAUUUUCUGCAGAUAGAGCUGCAUUAUAUUGCAUUAAUGAAAUUGUGGAACGUGAUGGAACCGUGCUAAGUAGGAUAUUUAAUUUUGUAUUGAAACGCAGAGGAAUUUAUUACGAAUGAUGAUGAAACCUAAACACAUGUGGCAAUCAGAAGUGGGAGGAGCCUAGUGAGGCGCCAGACUACACGUGGGUUAACAAUUUCGGCAAGAAUCAGUAGAGGCGCAGCUGGCUCGCUGGGAGGACGUGUACAACGCAGCUCCGCGCAUCCUCUCCUGUUGUGAAUGUGUGUGUUUCGCUAACUGUACCGCGUGCAGUGACAGAAACUUAACAAACAUGGCAGAAAAGUUAAUGCUUCUAGUAAUGGUGACGUGCCUCAUAGGACUGUGUGCAGGCUUUGAGUACUCGGAUUUAGUGGCUAUUAACGCGACAUGUGCGCCCAAAGACACUUGUAUUGUUGACAAGGGCCCCCGCGUGGGCGACUCAAAUGACUGGAAGGAAAGGAACUGUUUUUGUGAUGAUCUUUGUGGUGAAUAUGGCGACUGUUGCCUGGACGCCCACGCGUACAAUGUCGACCAGCAGAAGAGGCCAGGCCACUAUGAGUGCGUGCACCUGAAGCAGUUUGGCGACCUGUACAUGCGAGGGACUUGCAUGGCGGGCUGGGAGGACCUGGAAAUUGCAAUGUUGUGUUCGAGUGGCACUCCAGACUCCAGCUCGGAUCGCAGAGACCCCCUGGUUGACCUACCUGUGACCAGCCUCGACUCUGCCGUCACCUACACCAACUUCUACUGCGCCGUCUGCAACAAGGACUCCAGCUCCCUGGAGAUGUGGAAGCCGCGUCUGGAGUGUCCCACUCUCGCCAGUUACCACUCCCGCUUCAGGAAUCUGACGAUGGAGUAUGUCUCGUCUAAUCUGAUCUUCAAUGACGAAAACUGGGGACUCUAUAUUGAUGACAAUGGAGUUGAGGUCUUCCACACCUGCUUCAUAGACCCUGUGUUGCCGGAAACUGUUCUACAUUUAGUGAGGCCUUGCAAGAAGAUGACCAAGACCUGUGCCUCUAAUUGGACGGAUACAGAUGUAGAAAACCUCUGCCAUUCGUACACCGCUGUGGUGUACAAUUUCGAACAUGUCUAUAGAAACCCUCACUGCGCUGUGUGCAACUAUGUACCCAAAAACUACACUUGCUUCUAUAGGAUAUUGACAAGAUUUUAUUUCGGCGACGAGUUUAAUCCAAGUGCAUUUUCUCUGCUGUUUGACUUUGUAGACACGAGUGGCGGCAACGUGGUGGGGUCCACCUCUGUGUGCAGGCCGGGGGAAGUGUUUGACCCGUUCUUUAAGAAGUGUAGGAAUGUGGUGUGUGGUAAAGCUAACCAAGAAUACAGGUUCGGUCGUUGUAUUGACAUCGGUGUCGCCAGUGACCCAGCUGGGGACGAGGUCUCGACAAGCUCGUCAACAACCACUGCAACUACAACCUCAUCCACAACCACCACAACUACAAGCUCGUCCACAACCACCUCAAGUGCUACGUCUCCAACGACCAAGCCACUGAAUACCAGCACAGAGAAAGCUGGCCUGGAAGACAUAUCCCUAACCACCGUUGAGCCUUCAGACAUGGCUACAACAGUCUCCCUGAACACAACAGUUGUGACAAUAAUCAAGGAAGUGUUGACGGGUUCCACAAACACGAGCAGAGAGAGAGCCCAAACGCUGACGUGCGAGAGGUUCCUGCUGCCUGCUGACGAGUUCACGAUGAGUGCCAACGGUACUGUGGUGGUUGAGAAGUACCGUCGGACCUACCAGCCUCACGAGUAUGAACAAACGGAAGGCGGCAUUCUCAUCUGCAUCAUCCAGCCAGAAACAGACAAGUUCUCUCGCAUGAUGGGCUGGGUGUCGCUGGCCGGACUCGGCCUCUCCUGUGUGUGCCUUCUAUUGCACUUGAUUGCAUUUUUGAUCGUUCCAGAUCUAAGAAACCUGUCUGGAAAGAACCUGGCUUCUCUUUGCCUAGUUCUCCUAGCCGCAUACACUACCUUCAUACUGAGUGUAUUUGGGGAACCAGGCAAGAGAGAGUGCUUCAUCCUGGCAGCCGCCAUGUACUACUUCUUCCUCUCAUCCUUCUGCUGGAUGAACGUGAUGGCAUUCGACAUCUGGAGGACGCUGAAGUUAGCAACGUCAGAGCUUCGAGUAACUGUAGGUGGACAGUGGAGCAAGUUUAUAUUAUACUGCAUCCACGGGUGGCUACUGCCCGCUGCUGCUCUCUCUGUGCUGGUGACCCUCGACCUGGUGCGCCCUGACGGCCUCCCUCAACACUACUUCCCCACCCUGGGAGAACGUUGGUGUUGGUUUGGACAACGUAAAGCUCUUCUGGUGUUCUUUGCGGCUCCACUGGUGACAAUAAUGUUGGUCAAUUUAGUGUUCUUCAUCUUCUCUGCAGGAAUAAUCGCCGAAACAACACAGUCAACCGCGAAAAUGACCUCAUGUUCGCCGCACCAGAGCCAGUUCAAGCUGUACAUGCGUCUGGCGCUGCUGAUGGGUCUGACUUGGAUCAGCGGCAUCGUAGCGGGCUACCUGCAGCUGGAGCCCAUCUGGUACGUGUUCGUGCUGCUGAACACACUGCAAGGCGUCUUCAUCUUCCUUGCCUUCACGUGUACGCGGAAGGUGUGGCGCGUGGCGGCAGGAGGGUGCUGGAGGCGUGUGGUGCUGGCGCGCAGCUGCGCCCCCUGGGUGGCCAGGAGUCCCUCCUCCAGCAGGCAGGGGCUCGAAUCCCGCGACUCUCACGACUCUCAGCUUUCACACGCUUCCCAUACCUCCGCCACGCACCUCACCUCCACCGCCUCCCGCACCACAGUCGACGCUUUCUAGUGCGUCUCGCUCA